AUGGGGAAACGCAUUGUGGUCACAGGAGGCUCUGGCAAAGCGGGACAGCAUAUUAUCAGAUAUCUCCUCCAACAAGGCCAUGAUAUCCUAAACCUUGACUUGGUUCCUCUUCCCGCUGAGCUAGAAGAGGGAGUGCAUACCAUGCGUGUCGACUUGACAAACACUGGACAGGUAUACAGCGCACUGGGCUCUCAUUUCCACUUAACAGAGCCGUUCCGCGAGCCACUUGGGCUAGUCCCCGAUGCAGUCAUUCACAUGGCCGGGUAUUCGCGCAACAUGAUCGUUCCAGACGAAGAAACCUUCCGCGGCAAUACCUCGGCAACGUACAACAUAAUCGAAGGUGCGUCACGCCUCGGCAUCAAGAAGAUCAUCAUCGCCAGCUCUAUUACAGUCUAUGGAGUGAGUUUUGCAGAGGGAGACGUAGAUUAUCCCUCCUUCCCAGUCGAGGAAAGUGUCGAUGCAAACCCAAUGGACACAUACGCCAUCUCAAAAGUGUGCGGCGAGAGCAUUGCCCGUGGGUUUGCGCGCCGGUAUGGAAGCGACAUAUAUAUACUGCGUAUCGGUCGCAUUGUUGCUCCGGAGGAGUACAAACAGUCUAUGUUCCGUUCAUACGUUGAAAAUUCCGAAGAAUGGGCGCCACAUGGCUGGUCGUACAUCGAUGCUCGCGAUCUCGGGCAGAUGUGUGAUCUCGCGAUUCAGAAGGAUGGCCUUGGGUUUCAGAUCUUUAAUGCCGUCAAUGACGAAAUUACGAAUUACGAGAAUACUGCUGAGUUCCUAGCGCGGGUUUGUCCCGGUGUCUCGGUUACGCGAGAGUUGGGGGCCAGAGAGGCUCCCAUCAGUAACCGGAAAAUUAAGGAGCUGCUUGGGUUUCGGGAAGAGCACCAUUGGAUGAAGUAUUAUGAAUGA